GGGUUUUUUUUUUUCUUUCCAACUUUUCUUAAUGGUUCAUAAAUCGCCUUCAGACAACUUAUCAGUUAUUGCGCCUCCGCUAUAGGUGUGUCUCGAUCCUUGUCUCACACCUGUUCGUUUUAUUAUUCUUCUGCAAAUAAUCCGAGAAUGAUUGGGCGCCUUUUACUGUUUGUUUGAGAACAAACUUGGACGUUUGUUUUCCACAACCACAGCUCUCAGCGGGUCAGAACCAAUCAGGAGUCGGUUACUGCGCUCGUGAGAAAGAAGCCGAAAUGCAUUUUCCAUGGAAAGGGACCAGUGAACGAGGAUGAUGAUGACGACGACGAUGAUGAUGAAUACUACUUUAUAGAAAAAUACACGCUUACUACAGAAAUAUGACUAACACACUUGUGUAAUUAAAAAGAUGACCAACUUUUUCCAUACAAGCUCGCGUUUAUUAAUAUUACAUAGACUAUAACUUAAUUUAUUACAUAAUCAUUCUUUCUCUAUACAUUUUCAUUCAUGAGUAGGAUGAGCUUCGUUAGGUAGAGCAUAGGUCGGCUAUUGCACGCUCUUAAAUGAUUAAUACUCCUCUCUGUUUGAGGAUAACAAGGUCGUGAUUGAGUUACAAUGCACAAUAGGAGAAAAAGUCGAGCUUUGUCUAAUUGUUCUUUGACAGACAGGGUCAGAGGGGAUUGUGCGAUUGGCUGCUGCCUCCUGAGGCUACAGUGCUGUCAGGGCUGUUUGCGGGCUGGGAGUGACACCAAGGUGACUAAAGGGGAGGCUGUAUAAAUUGUAGGCGCAGCGCAAACUACUCCAGAGACUCGGGCACCGGCCGAAGCGAAAGUGCGACCUUUAUAUCCUGCCGUGCACGACCACAUCAGGACACUGCAGUAAUGGCUGCAAAAGCAGAACUUUCGAGCUGGUCGGAGUACCCAGAGGACUUCACUCUGCUGCAGCAGCAUCACCAGCAGCAGCACAACCUGGCCCACAUCAGCUCCAAAGCCUGGAUUUCCUCCACUUCAAUCCGUGCGCUCUCAAUUAGGGACGCGCACGCGGCUGCAGAGGCAGCGGGCAUCUCGCGGGAGAAACUUGUGCCAGUGACCGAAUUCACUGACCGCGUUACCACCAAAGGCAUGACAGAGACAGACCCUGCUAAGGCGCCAGAUGGAGGGAAGACGAGCCACUUCGGCCCUCAGAGACACAGGCGCGUCGCAGCCAACGCCAGGGAGAGGAGGAGGAUGCACGGGCUGAACAAAGCGUUUGACGAGCUCAGGAGUGUCAUCCCCUCCCUGGAAAACGAGAAAAAGUUAUCCAAAUACGACACCCUCCAGAUGGCGCAGAUUUACAUCACAGAGCUUUCUGAGCUCCUGGCCGGCGUGGUUCACCCGGAGUGCAGGAGUCCUCGUCCAGGCUCUGGAGACAAGACCUCCAGGAGGAGUCUGAUUCACUCUCUGCGGCCAACAGCCCCUGGACAGUCCCCGAAACCUCUGACGGGAGAGCAGCGAGACCCCUCCGCCUCUAUCGGUCAUCUGAUUUUACUUGGACCUACAUCUGACAUGGAAUCAAAUAAAUCAGGCACUUGUUCAAGCAGCAGCGAUGGGGAAUCUUCACAUCUCAGUGACGCAGAGGAGGGUCAAAGCGGGAAACAGUGGCAGAAAGUCAGUGCCAAUGACUUUUAACUUGUUUGCAGCUCUUUACAAGGCAGAAGAUAUCACCUGACCAGCAGAGACGCUCUCACAGCAUACAGUUGUGUCUUUAAUAAUAGUUUAGAUGCUGCACUGCCUGUACAGGUAAAAGUACAGGUAAAACUCAGAAACACCUGCUUGGAUGUGAUGGACUCUAGCAGGCCCUUUUUAUGCACUUUAUACUCUGAACCAUUACUAGACACAU